UUUACUAAGGAAUAACAAUGUUCCACUGACAUGUCUUCUUCUCUACUCAGCAUGAAUGGGGCGAUGUGCUUUCCAGGAGAAACUGACAAGCCUGCACAACUGAGAGAAGUUCACGGAACGCCCAAACUUAUCGAAUGAUAUCUAGCUUUUUUGUUUCUUUUGGCAUAUAAGAGAUAGUUGAAUUCUGACCCAAAGUGAUGAGUAUAUUUUAUGACUGUUGUUUUUACUCAAGUGGAUUUAAAGUUUUUGACGUUUUCCAAUUAUUUAUUGAUGCUGUACAAACUUGCCUGUGACAAGACGUUGCCUGAUGGAUAUUUUUCAGAAAGCGUCUCUUUUCUGAGUUUCAUUUGUAACGCAGCGAGAUACCGCCCAUGCGUGUUUGAAUAAUUCAUGAAAUUGAACUUGGCUGCUGGUUAAGAAGACGAGAAAAAAGUUAAGACAAUAGUCUCGGAAGGGAGGAGGGGGGAAGAAAUAACAUUUUGAAGUGGUCAAGGGGUGAUGGCCACUGCCGCUUCCAACCCUUAUCUAGCCAGCAAUAGUAUCCUGUCGUCGGGCUCCAUCCUUCACUCAGAGUCGGGAGGCGGUGGUAUGCAGCCGGGCAGUGUUGCAGUUACCUCAGUGUCUGGCGGAUACAGAGGCGACCAUCCGGCGGGGAAGAUGGUACAGAGUGACUUCAUGCAGGGUGCCAUGGCGUCCAGCAACGGCGGGCACAUGCUCAGCCAUGCCCACCAGUGGGUGACAUCGCUGCCACACGCCGCCGCGGCAGCAGCAGCAGCAGCCGUGGCAGCUGCAGAGGCCGCUUCGCCCUGGUCCUCCAGCCCCGUCGGCAUGGCAGGCAGCCCCCAGCAGCAGGACGUCAAAAACAACUCCACCAGAGAGGACUUGCACAGCAGCAGCGCGCUGCACCACCGGCCGCCCCACCUGGGAGGCCACCAGACUCACCAAGGGGCGUGGGGUGGCAGCAGUGCCGCUCACAUCCCCACCAUCACGGGAGGACAGCAGCCGUCCCAACAGUCUCUUAUUUAUUCCCAGCCCGGGGGAUUCACAGUCAACGGCAUGCUAAACGCGCCGGGGAGCUUGGUUCACCCAAGUUUGGUGCGUGGGGACACUCCAGAGAUGGAGCAUGGCAACCAUCACCAUCAUCACCACCACCAGCACCCCCACCACCACCAUCACCAGCACCAUAGCGCGGUAAGCAGCCACGACUCCCACUCGGACGAAGACACGCCGACCUCGGACGAUUUGGAACAGUUCGCCAAGCAGUUCAAACAGCGCCGAAUCAAACUUGGUUUUACGCAGGCCGAUGUCGGCCUAGCCCUCGGCACUCUGUACGGUAACGUCUUCUCCCAAACCACAAUAUGUCGGUUUGAGGCUUUGCAGCUGAGUUUCAAGAACAUGUGUAAGCUGAAGCCGCUGCUGAACAAGUGGCUGGAGGAGGCCGACUCUUCUACCGGCAGUCCCACAAGUAUUGACAAAAUAGCGGCACAGGGAAGGAAGCGCAAGAAGCGCACGUCCAUUGAAGUCAGCGUGAAGGGAGCCCUGGAAAGCCACUUCCUGAAGUGCCCCAAGCCCUCUGCCCAAGAGAUCACUUCCCUGGCGGACAACCUCCAGCUGGAGAAGGAGGUGGUCAGGGUGUGGUUCUGCAACCGCAGGCAGAAGGAGAAGAGGAUGACGCCGCCAGGAAUACCCCAGACCCCGGAGGACGUUUACUCUCAGGUCGGCAACGGAACUUUUUUAGUAGAUUACUUAAAAGAUGCAAGUUUGAACGAUGAACCGGACGACCAGGGGUUGACACCGACGCGCGCUCUCCGUCAGGUAAUUCUGGCGCAUUGACAACACAAUCAAAUCAUCUCCUGAAAAGCGAAAACACAAAAACGGACCAUUCCCCUUUGUUGUACAAAGUUGGAUUGUUUUUUGCUUUUUUCAUUAUUUGGGACGUGGAAGGCAAAGGGGGCUCAAUCAUCAGUGUUGACUGUGAAGGAUUUCUGGACACCCCAGUGUUUGAUCGAGAGGACUGACUGACAUUUCACGUUUUGACAAAAGAGGAACACAGGCCCCAUCACCCCACCCCCCAAAAUAACUCUCCAUCCUCACCUGACCCCAAAGAUAGCCACCCUUUUGUAUUUUGUAGUGUUUUGUGGACCAAAUUUACGCGAAUGCAUUGAGGAAAAGAACUGAAGAAGAAACAUGGCGAUAAUUAUUCAUUUUUGAAAAUUGCACUUAAUAGAAUUUUUCUUCUCCAGUUGAUCCAUACACCAGCUUUCGCUGAAAGGCUGUGGCCUUUUCCACUUUACUGCCCUUUCCUUGCAGUAUUUUUUAUUAUUAUUUUUCUUUUUCUUUUUUGGUAAUUGUAAGUUCAUCAAUAUUAUCACGGUCACAUGUUAAUUGGGGUUAUGUGCUUUAUAUUUUCAUUGAAAGGGUUUGCCUAUUUUAAUCGAGUUUAAAUAUUGCCAGCUGUAAGUAAUGUUUUCCUGACAUUUAUUGUUAGCAAAUAUGUGUAUCAUUUCCCCUCUUUUAUAGAUAUUAACUUCUGUUCACUUCACUGUAGGCCCACCGUCUUUAUUCUGGUUAUGGUAAUUAUUAUAAUUAUUUUUAAAAGGGCAUAAGGGACAAAGGUGACAUCUAUCGCUGUUGAAGGAAGGUUUAUUUUGUUGUUGAUGUAAUUUAAUUUUAGUUGUGAUUCCGUCCAAAAUGACUGAGGAAAAAUAAAUUGGUUUGUAUUGAAAUUA